CGCCGGCAGCGGCAGUCCGUCACAGAGAACGACAGGGUCGGGUGGGUCGAACGGUGAGCCGAGGGUGAGAGACAAGCCCUGUGGUUACGAGAUCAGAUCUGAUGAGGUCGUGUUAACUUCGGACAUUUUCUAUUCCCAAACGAUCUCUAUACUUUAGCUAGUCCCGGUCUAGAAGCCGGCUGUUCAGUGCGCAUUCGCAGUACAAAAGAGACUUGUGAUAUUUUUCUAGUAUAAAAGUUCCGAAACGGAACAAGUUAUUUUUUUUGCUAUUAAAAGUGUACAAUAUAAGUAAAAAUUUGGAAAAUAUGGAAAUCCUGCCGGUCACGAGUCAGUUUAACGUCGGAUUCAAUAGUGAAAAAGCGUGGAAUGGGCCGACGUGGCGGGAAGCACCGGUGCCGGUUCCGACGGAAACGGCGCUUGCUCAGAGGCUCGAGAGAGAGCUGAGAGCGGCCAAAGGCGCCAGCGAGCUAGCCACCGCAGAGGUCCUAGUGCCGGCCGAGUUGCUCGCUAGGGCCUCGAGGCAGACGCUGGCGCUGGCGGAAGGAGAGCCCUGCGGCUCGAGAGGCGCGGCGGUCAUCGUCGACGUAGCGGGGAGGCGGCUGGCGGCUUUCAAGAUAGAUCCCAACACAUUGACGACGCAUGAAAUACACCUUCAUCUAGAACAUGACGCCACGAACUGGACGAGCCUGUUGCCGCAAUUCUUAAAAAAUUUAACGCGAGGCGGCACCAUCAUCAUCAGCCCCCAGUUCACGAUAGAGAAGAAAAAGCUCUUCCGGAGUCAAGCCGAGUGAGCGGCUGCGAAAGCGCGUGGUGCGAGCGAGCCGACUGAUUGCCCUCCUCGACGUCUACGUAUCGUUAUUUUAACAAAUAUCAAUAUGAUUAUAUUAUGUAUAUUAUAUUUUGAAUAAGAGAAAAGCACAGCGUGAUAUGUAAUGUAUAGAUAGAGUAGGGUGAGUGAGCGAGAGAGCGAGUGCUUGGCGCGGCGGCGUUCAGGUGCGCACCGAGAUCUCAGCCGCCGCCGCGCGUGUGAUACCGAGUCCUGCUCGAGUAGUGUUAUCUAUUAUUUUUGUUUCGAGUUCAAUAAUUCUAUUCUGAAGUUGUGUAGAGUCGGUAUAUUACUUGUAUCGUGAUUGUAUUUAUUAGAGGCGAUCUCGCGAGGGAUCAGAUAUGUGUACGUUUUCGUAAUUGUACUAGUUCGUACAUUUGUUUGUGAUACUACUUUUGUAAUGUAUAAAAUUUAAAUGAGAAGAUAUACUUUAAACGAAGGGCGUAAACCCGCGUGCAGAUUAUAAUGUUGAGAUAGUAUUUAUCAUAGAGCCGUACGAGCGAACGCAAUACGGAGAGGCGCGGGUGUCCGCGUCGUAAUAUACUGCAAAGAUCUCAGGUUAUUAUUAUUAUAGUUAUAACAAGUAUUAAGUUAUUUAAGUUAAUAUAAAGAUUGUAAUUUUUAUAAGAUUGUUUUCUAUGGAACGCGCAAUGCGGCGUUCGUGGUCCAGUGCGUUGAGACCUUUCGUAACUGACUAACCGUACCUUAGAGGCGACCGGACUUCAAUGAUGAAGCAUUUUCUUCUUCCAGUGUACAGAACUUUGUUGAAUCCGUAAACUAACAGUUUUUAAACAAAUCUAAAUGUUUGUAGGGUCCAGUGUUUUUUAAACGCACAAUAUCAUAGUCCUAGAGUUCACUUUCAUCAAAAAAACAUAAAAAUAACAUAAAAACCUUUUUAAACUUGAAAUGUCGACAUAUACAAAACUAACAAUAAAAUGAAUCAAUUGUUUAUAA